AUGAAGAAAGAUCUGUUACUGACUAGAGAAUUACUUAUUUGGAUUCAGAAAGCAAUUCCUAACGAAUUCCCAUUUUUAAUAAGAGAUAAAGACAGUGAUGUAAAUAUUCAUCCAAUUAAUAAUUUCCUAGCAAUUUAUGGAAUAAGCUCAUCACAUUUGAAAAAAAUUGAUUCUGAAUAUGCUAUUACAAUUUAUGGGAAUAAGAAUGAUUCCAAACGUAAACGUCUCUAUCAAUUAGUAUUAAGACAAAAACUAAUUAAUAUUGCAUCAGAUCAUUAUGGUAUAAUGAAUAACAAACUGAAUAUUCCAAUACUUAGACCAAUUUCCUCUAUGAUUAAACAAGAAUACAAAGAAAUUGAAGAUAUCUAUAAUUUAUAUGGGAAUAUUUAG